AUGUCGGGCAUCUUCAACACCCCUCCCUCCAAGGACUCCAAGGACUCGGAAAACAACGGUGUCGCGGGCGUGGCCAAGGCGGGCACCUCGACGCUUGGCAACACCGUCUCCGGGCUCACAAAUACUGUCGGCGGGGUGGUCGGUGGAGCAGGCCGCGGCCUGGGCGAGACUGUUUCGGGUAUCACCGGAGGCGCGGGGAAGCCGCUGGGCGACGGCAUCGGAAACGCGGCGACGGCGGUCGAGGGUGGCGGCCAGGGUGUGGCCAAGAGCUCGAGGGACGCGGGCGAGUGGAAGACGAACUGA